AGUUUUUUUUAAGUUAUACCUCAAAUUUUACAAUAGUUUUCUUUAAAAUAAAAAAAGAUUAACAUAUUACAGUUUAAAAAAAAUGAUUGUUUCUCCGGAGAGUACACAACAAAGUGACGAAGAAAGUACUAGCUCUAGAGGUACGAAAAGAAAAUUUAGUCGUACCAGACGUGAUCGUUCAAUUCGCAGUAUUGAACUAAUUCGUUUCUGCAAUGAAACUGCUGAAAACAUACGUGUGAAAACGUUAGAGAGCACUGAAACACCCUGUGUUACGAGUGAACUUAGUUUCAGUUUUAAAAAUAAUGUUAAAUGUACUUUUGGAAUAACUCACAGAGGAAGACGUACCUUUGAAACCUAUUAUUAUGACGAUGCAUUGAAAUUUAAAAGUACAUGUUCAAUUGAGAAACUUGCUGAAAGAGGUAAUGCUUUAUGGAUUCCAGAUAUGCACGAAAAUCUUCCUGAGUAUCUUUUGGCUGCUAGUGAUAAUUUAUAUUUAUAUGAAAAUAUCGAUUCUAUUUUAAUUCCUAGAGGAUAUUUUCGAAACGAUUACAACUACAAUUUACAAUAA